AUGCGGAGUCUCCUUCUGUUCCUUUCACUUGUUGCACUGGCAGCAACAGCUACUGCUCCUGCUUCUGCUGUGGGCAAGCAUGCUGUUGCCGUACGUGGUCAAGUAAUGUGCGGAUCGGUUCCUGCUGAAAACGUCAGAGUUCGUUUGUUCCGUGUCCCACAGCCUAAAAAGGAUGAUUUGAAUCAAAUCCUCGCUGAGACGACAACUAAGAAGCCUGGAGUGUUUAUGUUGGAAGGUAAUACAAAUGGUUUCCCAUUAAACGAGACCAGCAUGACUCCGGUAAUCUCUUUCUAUCAUUCGUGCGAUGAAGAUCCUUCCAAGGUUAACAAGGUAAGUUAG